AUCACAGCUACCUUUACUCUAGCCAGCCAGCCAGCCAGCUAGCUAGUGGACGUUUCUGGAGGCUUUCACGAUACUUUCGGAAGUCAGAGGCACAGGUCAAAAGCUGAACUAGUUUGCGCAAGAUCUCAUUAAACAUGACGAAGCACGAGUUUGAGGUUGCUAUGACGUGUGAGGGAUGCUCAGGAGCGGUUACCAGAAUCCUCAACAAGGUGGAAGGUGUGACGUUCGAGAUUGAUCUGCCCAAGAAACUGGUUUGGAUCGAGUCUGAGAAAGAUGUGGAAUUUCUUCAAAAGACACUGGAGAAAUGUGGGAAGGAGGUCAAGUACAACGGCACUAAAUGAAGGAAUCUGCUUCUCGUAGAAGGGGUGACAAUGCUGAUAAAACGAAAUCAUUGCUGCUCAUAUAAAGUGAAGAAUCAUGCUGGAAGUUCUGUACCCCUCAUGAGGAGAUGGACGGGCCUGUUCCCUCCCCAUGCCUGAACGCACAAAAUUAAAAAUGGAUGCAGAUUGGGUUUUUUUUUAAAGUAUAAUUUUGCAGAGACAGAACUGGCAAACAUGUAUGGAGAAAGACAACAAAAUCCUAUCGGUCAUGUCGUGAGCUCUUGUUUGUGUGAAAAGUGAAAUGAAGAGAUGAGAAAGUGAUGAUGCUGUCUUCUAACACGGUGGUAUGGUCUUAAUCAAUCUACAAGAAUUUCCAACACGCCUCUUUUCAGUUUACUACACAUACAAGGAGUUUGAUCGGGUGAAGGAUGUUUUUGAAAGAAAGGCCAUUCUAAAUCUUAUUUCUUAUUUCCAGCACUUGUUUUGUUUUACUUUCAGACAUCUGUAUUUGUUAAGUGUUUGAAGCAUUACAAUAAGACUCUAAUAAAUUCCUCAGAAUCAUUUAAAGUACAUUCCCUGAUUGUAAAACCUACUUCAGAUAACUUAGCUGAACUUGUCUUACAGCUUGCUUUUAGCUUCAACACAGUUUACACAACGAUAAUCCACGAGCACUACAGGUCACAUUCGUCAUGUUUAAUCGAGAUUUACUGACACAUUUCUCUUCACAACAUGAUUCUCUUUUGUUACUUCCUCAAACAGAUAAUCCCUUCUCCUGUACUUUUCUAAUUGUCUGUGUGAAUAUUUGUCUGCACAGAGGAAAUAAAAUCAGUUCUGCCUCAGUA